AUGGGUUUGGAUUCAUCGAUCUCCUCCUCCGCCGCCGCAACAUCGACGACGGAAUCAGAAGUAGACGGAGCCUCCUCCGCCGAAGCAUCGGCAAGAUCACGGCGAAGAACGGGGAACCAUCGCGAUCUCGUUAAUCGCUGUUUCAAUCGCCAAAAGAAGAAGAUCGACGAUAACCGGUGA